UUGAAACGCGGAAGAGGGGAUACAGAAAGCUGAAAUCAACUGGAUUUCUCUGAUUUCUCUCGGAUUAAUCUGUGGUUUGUGGUCACAAUGACGGAGUGGUGUCCCAUAGCGAGCCGCUACGACCCGCUGAAGGCCGGCAGCAUCGACGGCACCGACGUGGAGCCGCACGACCGCGCCGUGUGGAGGGCCAUGGGGGCCCGGUACCGGCCCAACAAGGGCGUGCGCGGCGACCCGCAGCUCACGCUGUUCGUGUCCCGCCUGAACCCGCAGACCGGCGAGGAGCGGCUGCGACAGGUCUUCUCCCAGUACGGGGACGUGCGGCGGGUCCGGCUGGUGCGGGACGUGGUGACCCGCUUCUCCAAGAGAUACGCCUUCAUAGAGUACAAGGAGGCGCGGGCCCUGGCGAGGGCCCGCAGAGACGCACACAAGCUGCUGGUGGACCAGCACGAGGUGUUCGUGGACCUGGAGCAGGAGCGGACCCUGCGGGGCUGGGUGCCGCGGCGGCUCGGCGGCGGCCUGGGGGGCAAGAAGGAGUCCGGCCAGCUGCGCUUUGGCGGCCGGGACCGGCCCUUCCGCAAACCCAUCAACCUGGGAGCCGGUCCGGCCACGGAGUGGGCAGGGGACGGGGCCCGGGGCUGGGCCAGGGAGGACCGGGACAGGGACAGGGACAGGGACCGGGACCGGGUACGACACAGGGAGCCCGAGUGGGGCGGCAGAGACAGGAGAGAGUACCGGGACAGAGACAGAGACAGAGACAGGGACGACCGCCGGCACCGGGACCGGAGAUGACGUGGUGGUGCAAGAAAUCAUCCUCUUUGAAGAAGAAAGUGGGACAUCAGAACUCUGGACUGAUCAUAGCUCGAUCAGACUGAUCGUAGCUCGACUAUUGACCGUAGCUCGAUCAAACUGACCAUAGCUCGUGGUGCACAGAGAGACAAUGCAACUUGUCAGUUUUACUGUUUCAUGGUUUGGUUCAUUCAUACAGUGUUGAUAUUGUUUAUGCGCCUUUCACUUGUUUGACAAACAAUUGCAUAUACUUAAAGCAGCUUAAAACCGUAGCGUCACCAUUUCCUGUUUUAAAUUAUUGAGGAAUUUUCUAAAAUGAUAUACUUUAGUUUAAAGAUCUAAAACUUUGAGGAGGGUGUGUUCAGUACCAAAUACCUGCGUUUAUAUUGUAUAUGUUCUGUUAUUUCUAGAAGGGUGCUGCUCAAGUGUUUGUUGCUUCUUGAGGUUUUAUUACUGAACUUUUUUCCCCAUUUAAACUGAAUUUUUUUUUUCAUCCUUGAUAUAAUUAGAAAGCCAUCUAGAGUUCCUGGCAGGCCUGGGGAAGGCAUCCAAAUGUAACAUUCAGGUUCAAAAUAAAAGGCCUGUUCCUGGGAGGAGGCGGCGUUGACCGUCACACCCGGCUGUAAAUGUUUGUUUCAGGCACACGAGAGCAAGAGUUUUCACUUUUCAGGAGAUUUCAGGUUACGUGUCUGUAUUUUAUAAUACAGCUUUUCCAAGGCACCUUUUCUGUGUAAAUGUAAAGAGAUAAAAAUAUG